GGUCGUGCAGAGGUCGUAUUGUCUCUCUCCCGUGAGUUUUUCCGUGACUUCCCACCUUUCCUUUCGCUGCGGAAAUGGCAGGGAAAAGCGCGUGAAAUCCCCCGGAGCACCGUGGAAUGCCGAAUUGACUCAAUUUUCAUAGCAAUUGUGCAAGUAACGUCCCAAUGAUGAAAAAUCUCAUUUGCUGGAUCCUCCUCGCAGCCAUAUUGGUUCACAAGGGAUUUUCCGUGACUAACGUGACGGAGGCUGACGAUGACGAUGAUGACGACUGGGAUGAUGAGGAUGACUCGUCGGAGGCUGACGACGACGGCAGAGUUUACAAGAAUCCACGCAAUUCCCCGUCCACCGAGUGCCCUCGAGAUGAGGAGCAGGCCACUCUGCUAAAGCAGAAGUGCCUGCGGAAGUGCUCCUCCGAUGAGGAUUGCAAGAGCAAGAAGAAGAAAUGCCUCUGUGCAGGUGCUUGCGGAAUGUCCUGCAUCAAACCUGAUAGGGAAUGCCCAGAGUUAGAAAAGCCUGAAUUGGGAGAGGUCAGUUACUCUGGACGACUCUUUGGCUCUCGUGCGACCUACACUUGUCCCCACGGUUAUCAUGUCGUUGGCCUGCAGAGUCGCCUGUGUCUGGCCGAUGGAACAUGGGCAGGUGCUGAGCCAGCGUGCAAGCAAAAUAUCUACUGCUUAACACCGCCCACGAUUGAACAUGCCCGGCAUUCGGCCCUACCGGAACAGGCCACCUUUGAUUUGGACGCCACGGUGCAGUACAGCUGUCACACCGGAUACGUGACCAAUGGCUUCCCGCGAGCCAAAUGUCUUGCAAUCGAUGGUCAAGCCAGUUGGUAUGGCCCAGAUAUAUCCUGCGAGCCUCAAAGCUGCGGACAGCCUCCGGAUCCUCUCAAUGGAUUCCACUCUGGCGAGUGCUACACUUUCGGCUGCCUCAUCCGCUAUCACUGCAGCGAAGGGUACGAGCUGGUUGGGAAGGCCGAGCGUCUGUGCGACUCCAAUGGAUCGUGGACCCCUCAACUGGUGCCCAACUGUGUCUUGGUGACAUCCGUACAAUGUCCUCCACCGGAAAAUCCUAAAAAUGGUCGAGCUAUAUACACUAGUUGCUCCUACAAUUCCAUUUCGAGUUACGAAUGCAAGUAUGGAUUUACACUAGUUGGUGAUAGUUCCAGGCGAUGCGGCGCUGACAAGAAAUGGUCAGGAACUCUUCCAGUGUGCAAAGAGAUCAAUUGCGAGAAUCCAGGAGUUUUGUAUAAUGGUUGGCUCGAAGGCAUAGAGACAGGCACGGGUCUAGGAGCCAGUAUAAUAUUUCGCUGUCAACCUGGGAUGCUCCUGAAGGGACAUUCCUCAACUGUGUGCCAGAUUGACGGUCGCUGGCGUUAUCCUGUACCCCAGUGUCUAGCCCCAUGCGUAGUGCCUACAAUCUCCCAAGGCAUCGUCAUUCCAAAUGAGAACGAGUACGACUUCAAUGGAACAACUCUGGCCACUCCAGGAAUUGGCAGCAUUUCAAAAGUACAGCACGGCACAAUGCUCGAGGUGAUGUGUGAGGAGCACUAUGAAUUUCCCAUAUCGUCUCUGUCGCCUCCCAUUUGCAACAAUGGCACUUGGAGUGUGAUUCCCAGGUGUGUUCCUGCACGCUGCAAGAGCAUGCCCAAGCCUCCAAAGAACGGAAUGGUUUUGGCGCCUAAAACAGAACACGGCAUGAAGGCGCGUUUCAAGUGCAAGGAUGGAUUUAACCUGACGGGUCCUGGUGGUAAAGAAAUCACAGAUCCCAACGAAUACGUGCUGACCUGCUCUUUUGGCAACUGGACGGGAAUUACACCAGCUUGUCAGGAGGUAUAUUGCUCUUUUCCAGGAUACAUAGCCAACGGUAAGGUUCUGCUCGUGGGAAACAUGGGUCUCUAUGACUACAGACCUUAUGUGCGGAAGAUUAUUAACAACAAGCAAAUCAUGUAUGAUUGCGACAAAGGCUAUGUCCUCAGUGAAGGUCCUGUGGGUGCGACAUGCAUAGGAGGUCUCUGGCGUCCAACAGAGCUACCAAGUUGCCUCCUAGGUCAGCAUCCGCGUUUGCGAUGGAACCGCAAGCGUCGUUCGGCUUCAAUGUCUGCAAAGUACAAGCGAUAUCAUAACUGGGUGAAGGAAUAUCUCAAUCGGUUAGCUCAAGAGGACAUCAAAAAGAGCAAUAAUCGGCGGAAUAAGAGAGAUAUUGAGAGCAGAGUUGUUUAUCCUCUGACAUACUAUCGCAAUAUUGAUAACCACACAUCACUUCCUGUCUUUUCCGUCAGUCACACGAGGGAGAAGAGACAGUUGUCAGAUAUCGAGAGGGCUUAUUCGAAGUACUAUCAGAAAAUCAAGGAAAAGUAUAAAAAUUACGUGAAGCAUUUGCUAGGAUACACAAGUCCCAAACACACUAAUAACUCCUUGCCGAGUAGAGGUAGAGUGCCGCCAAAGGAUAGGAUUCAAGUGCAGGAUGGCCGAUGGUUGAACACAUACAAUAACCCUGAAAUGUGGUCAAGAUACAGAGCCACACACAAGACUAGAACGGGUGGUCAUGAGGACAUCACUCAAGAUGAUGAGACUAGGAUUACAAUACCAGAUAUCAAUGAUAACAGGGACUCAAGUGAGGAGCUGAGGAUGAAAGUGAAUGAAUUUCUGAAUCAGGAACCAGAGUAUCGACCGCCAAAUAAGCUUCGCAAAUAUGAUCAGGAAGCUGUAAUUAACUAUAGACAGAAGUUGCAGGAGAUCUCGAAUGUGGAAUCACAGCAAAUGAAUAAGAAUAGCACAGACUCUAAUCUUCCGAGCAUAAUUGCACAACUAAAGUCUCAAAUAGUGCGCAGAAAGCGAGCCAUUCACGACGCCAGGACAAAUUACACUACAGAUAAGGUGCUGAAUGAUGAAAAUGGGAAUGACACUUCUCCAGGGAAUAGGAAAAAUCGUUUGAGGAUUCCAUGCGAACCACUGACUGCGGAAAUCUUCUCGAGCAUUGAGAUUGUUCGUCCUGGAAAGAAUGAAACUGUAGAAUACAGUUCUGGUACGAUUGUUAAACUCACUUGUCUCAAGGGUCAACUGAAUAUCCAAAAUCCCAAUUCCACCGCAAAGUGUGUGAAAGGUCGAUGGAAACCGAUGAUUCCAACUUGCAUCACAAGACCUUGUACAAUUCCCACAGCAGAUAUUGGAAAUUACUUCGCCGUUGAUCCGGAGAGGCCGAAAGAAAUCACAGGAUCUCUGAGACCAUUGGAUGAAGUGGAGAAUGGACAGAGAGUGAUCUUCCGAUGUCCAAUUGGGUUUAACAUUCAAGGUUCUCACAAUUUAGCUUGCAACGAUGGAGAAUGGGAUGCCCCAGCAUUCCCAGAAUGUAUGGCUGCACCGUGCAUUCUUCCUCAAAUACCAAACGCCGCUUAUUUGAGUGGAUAUCGAGCAGAAUUAACCAUCGCAAACGGAAGUUCUGUAUCUGUUCAGUGCGAAAACACUCCAGCGAGUGCAAUAGUUCAGAUGGAAUGCAUUCUUGGUCAGCUGAAUCCACCCACAGUCAAUUGCCAAACGGGUUCAAGGAAAUCUCGUGAGGAUUUUUCAGGUACGAACAUAUUGGAAAAGAGUGCAGAGGAAUCCGAAGAGGAAGGUAGUGAGGAGGAAACUAGCAGCGAAGAGGAUCUGAAGAACGCUUGUGGACCACCAAAUAAGAUUGAUGCAGCUUUGGUUUACAAGAAUAGCGAAGAAUUGGACAUUAGUCGAGUAAUUUAUCCUGCGGGAACGGAGAUCACCUUUAACUGUAUUGCGAGCGUUCCUGGGGAAAGGAGCACAUGGAAGAUUAUAUGUGAGGAUGGCGUUUGGAUUGGACGCGCACUUAAUUGCGUAAACACAUCAUGCAUGUUCCACAACAACGAACCCAAUGUUGUUAGCUUCUAUAAUGAUUUGGAGAUACGCGAAGAGACUGUGGAGUUCCCGCCUGGAGCAACGAUAGUUUCUCGAUGCGUCGAUAUUGGAAAAUUCGUGCUGAUGGGAAGCAAUAUUCGCAGUUGUAUUCAUUCAGAGUGGAAUGCAACAAAGCCGAUUUGCUUUGGAUUAAAUCAGGAGAAUGACUAUGCCAUGGAAAAAUCACCUACAAUUCUCUUCCGACACCAGAACGGUCCCAUCGCUCAGAGCAAUGAUGGGAAGUUGAUUGUGUAUCCCGGAACGACUCUUCACAUGGAGUGUCUCUGGAUGAGACGCUUUGGUAAUCCCAAGUGGAACGUGAGCCAUGAAUUCAGAAAAUACCCCGAAGGGUGGGUCACAGACGAGAACAGAGAUCCGCAACUUGAAUACAGAUUGAGUAUUUUCCAUGCCGUUCAGAAUGAUUCUGGUAUUUAUUCGUGUCAAACUCCAGCCAGACACGAACAUGCCGUUGAAGUGGUUGUAAAGGCAAUAAAUUGUCCAGAGAUUCCGGCAAGACGUGGACUCAUAAUGAGUACCACAGACACAAAACUGAGUACAAAAGUAGUAUUUUCAUGCGCUAAUGGUAAUUCAUUGAUUGGCGCAUCGGAAAUCACAUGCUUGCCAAGCUCAAACUGGAGUGCUCCCCUUCCAGUCUGUGAGAGUGUCGAAUGUGGUGAUAUUCCACUGUUGACAUCUUCCAACGGAACUGUACCGCGCGUGGCCGUUUUAUCUCGUGAGGUAGGCGGCCGUGCAGCAUUUUCCUGCCCCUCCGGAUAUGGUUUACGCGGUUCCUCGGAAUCCGUGUGCUUACCAUCUGGAGAAUGGGCCCAACCUUUCCCCACGUGUGUAGAAGUUCAAUGCGAUAACCCGGGAGCCCCCCAGAAUGGCUAUGCGCAGGGUUCGGCGCCAUAUAGGGCCGGUGAUGUUGUUCAAUUUAAUUGCAAUCCUGAAUAUAUGAUGCAAGGACAACCCAUAAUUGCAUGCCAAGACAAUGGACGGUGGUCCGGUGGAUUGCCCAAAUGUGUCCAAGCGUGCUCAUAUCCAGGAACGGCAAUCAGUGGACGGAUGUCGUCGGUGAAGUUUUAUUAUGCUAUUGGUGAAAGUAUCACUUUCACGUGUGAUUCGGGCUUAAUACUGCGCGGGGCGAAGAUGCUCAAAUGCCUUAGAAAUGGAAAGUGGUCAAAUGCAAUACCGACUUGUGUGAGUGCCGAGGCCGCUGAGGAUGCACCGGAGAGGCAAUCGAACAAAUUCGGACGCCACUCCAAGUCCAAUUAGGAGGUCAGCACAGAUGAGAUGCUCAAGUAUUUUUAUGAGUCAAGGCAACAUAGACACAUCCUUUUUCCAUAUCUUGUAAAGUGGAGUUUGUAAGGUAUAAAAGUGUUAGAGAUUUGCUGUUCUCACGCAUCUCCUUCGCCCAUGGAGAGUGAUCACACAUCAUUUAUUUUUCACGCAAUGUGGAGAGGAGGAGGACAUCUCGAUAGAAAAGCAUCUUCAUGGCUCAUAACGUUGAAUAUCUGACUGUAGAAAUUCAAUCAUUGCUUCAAUGUGCGUGAUGUUAGAGCAACUACUCAUUGCUUUAAACUUCUUUGCAUAUAAACUAAAAAAAUUCUUCUUUCGUAGUACAAUAAAUAGAGCAUUUCUUUACUAAUCCAUGUGAUAUUCAGACAACAAGGCAAACGACGAGAUAUCUCACUACAUAUCUACUUUCAGACAACAGAAUGAAAUCUUAUAUCAAGAAAUCUUAGAUUUGAAGGUGUAUCAUGUUGAAUAGUAUAAUUAAAUUGUGUAACUUUUGCAGUGAUUCUUGCACACAUUUCAGAACUCUUCCAUAGUUUAUAAUGUUGAACAGAGACAAAAAUCCAGCAUGUAAAAGUUAUGAUGAAUUGAGAAAAUAGUCCUUGAAUA